AUGCUCACUUCCAGUGGGUUUCCACUGAUAUACAAAAACUUCCUAGGUUUCAAUGUUCUUUCCCAAAGCAUCCUGCAUGGCAUCUUGCAAAACGAACUUUAUGAACAGCUAGUAGGGAGUCGUUUCGCAUACGAUGGCAACUCGAGUUCCGACUCGGAGGAGGAAAUUCUUCGCCGCUUGAAACUGCAGCAGUCUUGCAGUCUACACAGCAGCGGCCAGCUGUCCCGUUACGGUGCCGGUGCGCUAAGCCCGCUAGAUGCCGAUCUAGCGUCCAGCUUGGGUGGCUUACAGCACAUCACCAUCGGUACACCGCUGGACGAGGGGCAGCCGAGCAGGAAGGAGAGCCGAAAGCAUCAUCAUCAUCACGGUAACGGUCAUGGCCACCACGGUCACCAUCAUGGCGGCAACGGUCAUCAUCACCAUCACCACAACAGCCGCCAUGCAUCGUCGAGGGACCCCUUGGCAUUGGCGGAAAGGGGCAAGAUUGGGAUGCCGCACUCGAGUAGCGAAUGCAGCUCGAACAGUUCGGUGGAAGCAUCCGUAGAAAGUAAUACGGGUUUGGUGGGCGGUGAGAAAAAGGAUCGACGACUGAUUCUGCAAUCCGCGGGUGGUGGUACGAAAAUUAACAGUCCAACGAAGGAGACGCUAACAUCCGCGGACGGCAAGAAGGAUCAAGUAAACAAUGUCAUCGGUUCCAGCACGACCACAAAAUACAACAGACUACCUGUUCAACAACAGGAUAGUCUAGAGGAUGUUCCCGAUAUCAACAGCAACCAAGACUGCAUCGUAGUUCUUUCACAAGAACCUCUUUUUGACACGAGUGAUCUAAAAUCACUCAAGUCGGACACGGGAACGAUCGGUCCGGGUCCGGAGAGUCCAACUUCGACCAGCUGCCCCAAUGGAACGCUGGAGGUCUCGCUUCUGUACGACGCACCGUUGCGAAAAAUGACAGUCCAUGUGUUGCAAGCACGUGGUAUUCCAUCCCGAACCAGUGCGAGUAGUGCGACGAGCAAUCCCAAUGAACCACCUAGUCUCAAGAGCAAUCAGUCGACUACGCACACCCAGGUCAGGCUGCUGAUGCUGCCGAGCAAGAAGCAGAAACACAAGACCAAGAUCCGGUCGGGCGAGAACCCUCAAUUUAUGGAGAGUUUUCUGCUGCAUCGUGUCAACCCGGAGGAGGUCAACUCGAUGGGUUUGAGGAUUCGAGUAUACGGGUGCGAACGAAUGCGGAGGGAGCGUUUGAUCGGGGAGUCAAUUGUGAGUUUCGCCAACAUCGAUUUGGAGCUGGAAACAAAUCUGUGGUUACCGUUGGAACCACGAGCGAAUUCCGCGAACACCGGGUCUACGAGUGAUCUGUUAAGUUUGGCUCGAUCGGACAGUACGGGUUCAACUACGUCGAUGCAACAUGGCGGGGUUCCGGAGUUAUUGCUUGGACUUGGUUACAAUGGCACCACGGGGCGGUUAACUGUUGAGAUCGUAAAAGGCAGUCAAUUUCGUAAUUUGGCAUUGAACAAGGUUCCAGAUACGUACGUAAAAUUGUGUUUGGUCAGCAGUAUGGGCCAAGAGAUGGCUCGGGCGAAGACUUCAACGAGGCGUGGACAACCGAACCCGUUGUUUAAGGAAACGUUUAUCUUUCAGGUUGCCUUAUUCCAGUUGAACGACGUCACGCUGAUGGUAUCGGUGUACGCGAAGCGAAACAUGAAGCGCAACGAAAUGGUCGGCUGGUUCAGCUUGGGGCUAAAUUCGAGCGGUCCGGAGGAGAACGCCCACUGGGGCGAUAUGCGCGAGGCGAUGAAUCCCCGAUCGGAACUGGUGACGCGAUGGCACGUGCUGAGCACGGUCAUCAGCGAAGAUAUCGCCGAAGUAGCAGGAUCCGGUAGGCACAGGCCAUCGUUGUCUCGGUCUCACCAUCGGAGCCGUCGGAGCUCCGCGAGUACCGGGUCGACGUUGGCAAAUGCGGAGGUGCCACCGGUAGUGCUAUCGUCGCAGCCACCGGUCUCGGGAUCGCAGCAGGCACCGUCUGCAGUGCCCUGGGAUCGGGACUCGGUUGCUGUGGACAUCUCGUUGAUGCCAGGGAGUGACCUAGAGUUUGUGUAG